AAUUAGGAAUUAUAGCUGAUCUGAAGGCUACUCGAGACAAAGUCACGAGUAGCUCUUUUUGUCACGAAACCCGUUCAACUCCAAUAGCCAUUAUUUCAUGCAGGGGUAGUAUGGCACAGCACUUGAUUGCAGGGGCAAAUCAA